AUAUGUAUUAUGAUCUGUAGUUAUACCACUGCAUACUUACUUGAUUCCAACUAUUUGCUAUAUGUUAUUGGGAUAAUCAUAGAAAUCUCUGAAUUGACCACCAUUCAGCUUCAGAAUCAGACGAGGGCUACAACUCGAAGGACAAUUACAUUGAGAGAUCCAAGGUGCAUCACACCAUCUGUUUCCUAUUUGGUUUUACUCCAAUUUUUCCUUAAUAGUUGAUAUGCCUCUAUCUGAAAUACAAAUAUAUUUAAACAUGAUAUUUUCCAUUUGUUUGCAGCAACUACGAGAUGAAGUUAUUUUUAUGGGGUCAAAGAGCCUCUGAAUUUGAUACUGAUGAAGUGUGUGCACUUGGCCAGGAUGGUCCAGUCAUUGUUAUCUUUGUUGGUAUGCUUAUGAAGUCUUACAAAGGCGAGCAUUCGUUGAGUAGUAACAUAGCGUACCGUUGGUAUAUCAAUCCUGAGGAUACUGAAGCUGAUGAUUUCUUCGAUAGCCUUGGUGGUGAUUUUCAGCCUAUACAGCGUGUCGCACCAGAUGAACAGCAGCACGUUCCUUGUCCUGUCCAUAUGGUACCCCAGCAGAAGACUCUCUAUGAGCUCCUUGAGAUUAGCCCAUAUGACUUUCCGACUGAAGGUUUUCGCUGUAUUAUCACUAUCUCGAGGGUUGAUCCAUUCAUAUCCUGGUGGUUUCCUUCAUGCAACCGAUGUAGCAAAACCGCGCUUCCAGAUGGAAAUGACUAUAAAUGUCCGCACUGCGGUUGUACCGGCUCUACAUUCAAUUACAAGAUAUGUGUGGUUGGAACUAAUGGAAUAGAUGAAGCAGAGUUUGUAUUCUUUGGAGCUAUGGGUCAGCGCCUUGUCCGUAAAGACGUCAAGCUACUGAUGCGGUCGUGCCACAAAGCUGAUGACAUUCCAAGUGAAAUAACAUCCUUAGUAUUCCAGAAAUAUUUAUUGACAAUUAAUGUGACCAGCAAAUGCUUUGACAGAGCUCAACGAUCAUAUCAAGUUAACGCCAUCAACUGUGCCUAUGGUAGGCAGCCUACAAUUCCAAUAGUUAGGAAACCUACUGCUAGAUUUGCUAGUGGAAAGCGCAAGGAUACUUCAUCGGAGGAUACAUCAUCUACUAAAGCAUCAUUACAAGAGAGCCACCAUGUUAAGUUGCCUCCUCUUCCUCAGGAAUAUAUUUUGAUGCUUUUUCGUGCUCUAUUUACUAGCGACUUUUUUUUCAAACCUAGCCCUUAUUGGUUUUUCUUAUAUGUUAGAACAUAAAAGAUACUCCACCAUCAAAGGACACUCAAGG